CAGAAGGGGGAGACAGGAAAACGAGUGAGCAACGACAAAAGAAGAGAGAGGGUGGGAGGGGCAACAAAGAUCUGUCAGAUGAGGCUUGAUACGCGUCUAUUUUCUGUGUGGUCUCCUUUAUUACAGGGCGUUCUGAACGGGCAGCAUCAGUGUGUCUCUUGCGCAUGAUCAGCUGUCUACGCAUCCCUUCUGCCGGGAGUCAACACAUAUCUCAGCAUCUCUCCGCCAGAGACAGAAAGAAAAACACCCGCUCUCCUCCGCUAAUUGAGGCACUGAUAAGCCUUUUCUCCUUCCUUCUGGUGUGGUUCUGAUCCGGUUCAGUUCUGAUCUGAGCGUGAGAAUGGUGCGUUGGAGCGUGAGAAUGAUUCUGUUGAGCCUCAGCUCAUUAGCUCUGAGCUACGCUGUCGGCGGGGACGUGUGCAUAACGGGUCAUGACAGUGGGCCAGUGUUUGAGGAGCAGCCCAGCAGUGUGGUUUACCCAGAAGGUCUCAGUAAGGGAACAGUUACUCUCAACUGCCAGGCUAGAGCCAGCCCUGCUGCUACGUACAGGUGGCAUGUGAAUGGUACGAAUGUCCCGGUAGGGGACCUCCGGUAUACACUGGUAGCCGGUAACCUAGUGAUCAGUGGUCCCCAGUACGGCAGUGACGGAGGCUCCUACCAGUGUCUGGCCAUGAACCGCUGUGGCACCAUACUCAGCCGCGUCGCCAAUCUCAAAUUCGGCUACCUCCAUGACUUCUCAGGGGAAGGGCAGAGCCCGCAGACAGUGUACGAGGGUGCAGGAGCCUUCCUGGCCUGCCAGGCCCCCGCCCACUACCCAGCGCUGUCCUACCGCUGGUUCGUUAACGACUUCCCCAGCUUCGUGAAGCCUGACGGGGGUAGGUGGUUCGUCUCCCAGGUAACGGGCAACCUGUACCUGGCCAAGGCGGAGCCUAACGAUACAGCAAGCUACUUUUGCUUCACCACCAUCGACAUGGACAUCAGUACCAAGAGUACCUUCAGCAAGGCCAACCAACUCACCGUGCAGCCAGACGCCAAUACCAGGAAGUCAGCUCCUGCUAUCAAAGUGCGUUUUCCAGCAGAGACCUACGCCCUGGCAGGACACACCACCCAGCUGGAGUGCUUUGCCUACGGAAAUCCCAUCCCAAAGUUGCGUUGGAGGAAGGUGGAUGGUCUGUUGCCGUCUAAAGCCGGGGCCAGUGCAGAGGGACCCAUCCUCACUCUGCCUGAGAUGACCUUCCAUGACGAGGGCGUGUACGAGUGUGAGGCCUACAACUCUGAGGGCCGCGACAAACACCAGGGACGCAUCAACGUGCAAGCCCAGCCAGAGUGGCUGCAGGUGAUGAGUGACUCUGAGGUGGAGAUCAGUUCAGAACUGCACUGGACCUGUGUGGCUGCUGGCAAACCAAGACCCUCCAUACGCUGGUUACGUAAUGGACAGCCCCUUAGCACACAGGACCGAGUGGAGGUCAAUGGGGGUCGUCUGAAGGUCAUCAACCUGGCACUGGAGGAUUCUGGGAUGUAUCAAUGUGUGGCUGAAAACAAACACGACACCAUCUACUCCAACGCCGAACUGAGGGUGCAAGUCCAGGCCCCAGACUUCCGCUCCAACCCGGUGAGGAGGUUGGUCCCAGCAGCCCGAGGGGGGCAGGUGAUGUUGGAGUGUCGGCCGCGAGCCGCCCCAAAACCUACCCUGUUCUGGAGCCGUGGCACUGAGCUCCUCAACAACAGCAGCAGGGUGACAGUGACUCCAGAUGGGAUCCUGUGGAUCCACAACAUCAGCAGGGCAGAUGAGGGGAAGUACACCUGCUUUGCUGAGAACUACUUGGGCAAGGCCAACAGCACUGGACACCUGUCAGUUAGAGAUGCCACUAAGAUCACCCUAGCUCCCUCCAACGCUGACAUCAACCAGGAAGAGAACGUCACGCUGCAAUGUCACGCGUCACAUGAUCCCACCAUGGACCUCACCUUCACCUGGGCUCAUAACGGAGCUCUGCUGGACCUGGAGGACCCCGCCGGACCGUACCACCGUGUGGAGGGGAAGGAGACCAUAGGGGAUCUGUUGAUAGUGAGUGGUCAGCUGAGUCAGGCCGGUACAUACAGCUGUACAGCUCAGACCGUGGUGGACAGCGCCUCAGCCUCCGCUAAACUGGUGGUCAGAGGCCCCCCGGGACCUCCUGGUGGUUUAGUGGUGAAGAACGUUGCUGAGACGUCGGCGGAGCUGCGGUGGAGUCGUGGCUAUGACAACCACAGCCCCAUCGGGAAGUAUGUCAUCAUGGGUUGCUCCCCACUGUCAUCCGGAUGGAGGACGAUGAGGACAGAACCAUCUAACAUUGAAGGCAAUGCUGAAUCGGCUCGUGUGGUUGGCCUGUUGCCCUGGAUGGACUAUGAGUUCCAGGUCAUCGCCAGUAACAUCCUGGGUAGUGGAGAGCCUAGCAUGUCCUCUCACACCGUACGCACCCAGCAAGCAGCUCCCACAGUGGCCCCUAGUGGACUAGGUGGAGGAGGAGGAGACCGCAACGAACUCAUCAUCACCUGGACCCCCAUGGCCAGAGAGUACCAGAACGGAGAUGGCUUUGGCUACAUCCUGGCAUUCCGGAAGCGGAACACUCCGACAUGGGUGGUGGAGCGUGUUUCCAACGUGGAGUCGUCUCGCUAUGUGUACUCCAACCAGAGCCUGUCCCCCUACUGCCCAUUUGAGGUGAAGAUCAAAGCCUACAACCGUAAAGGAGAGGGUCCCUUCAGCCAGAUUGCCCUGGUGCACUCUGCAGAGGAGGAGCCCACGGUGGCGCCCUCGAGGAUCAACGCCACGGCUCUGACGGCGUUCGAGAUGCAGGUGUCGUGGGACCCGGUCCAACACCUCAGCGCCAAUGGCAUCCUCAGAGGUUACGAGAUCCGGUACUGGCGUCAGCAUGAGCGGGAGGCAGCUGCAGACCGUGUGCGUACAGCCGGGUUGGAGACAAAGGCUCGGGUGGCAGGACUGAGACCCAGCACCCGGUACCAUGUUACCGUGCUGGCCUACAACAGCGCUGGCACAGGACCAGCCUCACCCAAAUCCACUGUCACUACCAGGAGACCACCUCCUAAUCGCCCCCCUGGCAACGUGUUCUGGAAGACUGAUGGCUCAUGGGUAACUGUGAGGUGGGAUCAUGUCAAGGCCCUCGGCAACGAAUCAGCUGUGCUGGGCUACAAGGUGUUGUAUAAGCAUGAGGGCCAGUCUGCACUGAAGGUUCUGGACAAGGGGAAGACGUCCGUCACCCUGCCACUACCCAAAGACAACGGCUAUGUGGUCCUGGAGAUACGCUCCUGGGGGGAGGGAGGAGACGGAGCCGCACACGAGACCAUUGUUUCCCGCGACUCAGGAACUGGAAUGAUGGUGCAGAACCAAGCAAGAUCCCCAUGGUCCAAUCAUGCUCCCCUCCUUCUCACCGCCACACUCUCCCUCACUCUUAUUGGCUUACUGGACCUGUGAUCUCCGCCAGUCCCUGGACAUUGUGUCAUAGUUAUGGUGUAAAGCCUAUUGUUCAGAUUCACCUAUCUAUUGUUUUGUUGUGGCGGGGAGGGUAUUUUGAUCAGGUGGACAAGGGUGUGUGGGGUAAUAUUUUGAAGCAAGGGGGAUGGGGGAAUUAAAAUUGUUAUUUUAUUCUUCUUUUUAUAAGAACAUCAAACCGGGACAUUUUUUAAGUGUGUGUGUCUAUGGGUUUUAAGGGAGGGGUCAGACUACCUGAUUGUCAAUUACAUUGGUGUCAUUAGAACCAUGCCUUAUGGGGAUACGAGAGGCUUUUGUCCUCCUUCACAGCAGCAGGGCAAUUCGUCACACUCGCCAUGUCUCCUGGCUUCCCCUACUCUGCUAUGAACCCUAAGCUCGAUAGCGUAUGUCAGUCGUGCUUUCUGAAGUCGGUUCAGUUUCGUGUAGUUUAAAAAAUGUAAAAAAUGGUUUUCGGUUUCAAUGUAGUUUUUUUUUUACAAUAAAUGCACUAUGCAUAAUGUGGGUUGAAUGCUGUAAUAACACAGAAACAUUUUUUUUAAAGCCCCAUGAUGGUAGUGACGACCCAAUACUGCGUAUCUCUUAUUAACCAUUCACAUUACUUUAUUAAUAAAAUAUGUCUGUUGUGUAUGUAUACAUUUGUUUUAUUUGAUAACUUCGGACUAGAUUCAAUCAGAUCAAGCAGUAACUGGCACUAGCAGACACCCAUGCGGGUGGAUGUUUUGGAGGUGUCAGGGGUGAAACUGUACUGCAGUCAAAUCGGUGAGCAGCUGCUCUGGUGAUCAUCGUCACGAAGCUACACCCGCCCCAUUUGCGUUAGAAGUUCCGAAUAAGAAAGUGUAGGCUAUGUAGAAAUAAUUACACUGAAAUUGUAAAAUCAUUCAACUUAAAUAAUAAGGAUUUCCAUCAGACUAAUCAAGCUGUAGAUUACAUCUCACAUUCUAGUGUUCAAAUUUGUAAUCAAGGCUGCAUGUGAUUUCUCUUAUUGCGACUCAUUGCAGCCAAUGGUAAUGUCCACUUUAGGUAUAAUGCCGGGAGCUGCUUGGGGAUUUGACAGCUCUAACACAGUUCUACCUACUACACUGUCAAAACAUCAGUUUUGCGGAUGUUGGCUAAAGCAGAUCUGAUUGGGCCCUUUUAAAAAAAAAUCCAAGACAUUGUCUCAUCUCUGCUCAUGCAGUUGCAGCCAGCCAGCCUACUAUCUCUGUGCUCCCCAAUGAGUCAUCCUAUAUAUUACCUGGCUCUAUAGAGCUGCUGCCUGCGUUGUCUGACGAAAUCACUAUUUUAUUAGUUCUUCCAAGUAAAGAAGGCAUACUUUUAUGACUGCUGAAUACCAACUAUCAAACACUUGUAUUGUUGGGUAGAGAGUAUCUGCUCCACAAACUUGACCGGACAAGUAGGCACGCAAUGGAUUAUGGUCAUUAUAGUUAAUUACCACAUUUUCUGCAGUAAACUAUAUAGAAUAUUGGGCUGUUGAAAACUACAUCUCCCUACUACAUCACAGUUUGCGCUUGAUCUGAUUUCUUUGUUGAGAAACAGUGCAUUGAGCUUACAGUAAAAAAAACUAAAAAUACAUGGAAUUCAAAUAAUUGAACCGACAUUGGUCAGUUAGUUAAUUAAAAAACAAAAAAUAACAUUUUGGUUAAUCGCUUAGCACUAUAUGUCACCCAACUUAUCUUCUGUAUGUAGAACAUAAUGUGUACAUACAGAACAGUAGACAUCUCUGGUGCACUCAGACACUGACCAACUCUUUGUCUCUUGAAUAAGAUGAAGGGGGGAUUAAACAGUGACCUCAUUCAUACAUCUCAUGGCUCUUCAGGAAGUCUACUUCAAAUUGAACUCCCUGUGAAUGGACGCAUGCUUACUUUCUUAUGACACAACUUUUUUGUCUCGUCCUAGGAUUUUCUGCCUGUGUGUUGGUUUGUUUGUUUUAUGUGAUGUAGUUAUGGCGGUGACAGCGUCUGAAUGAAUAACUUCACUCGUCCAAAUGAAUGUUUACCUUUAUGUUCAUGUUGGGAACUCAACUUUAUAAAGAUAUUUAUCAGUU